UCCCCUCUUCGCAUUUGAAGAAAUACCUCAAACAAGUGAGCACCUACAAUAGAACACAGUCCUCGCUGCUCUAUUAAAUAUUUAAUUUAAACCCAUUAUAAAAAUAACAAUAAUAAUAAUAAUAAUAAUAACAAACAGGACUUGGACUAAAGCUUACAAUUUAAUCCUGGUGCCGGAGCCCCCCCUCAGAGUCCUACUCUUUCUCCUUAACCCUGUAACUUAUUCGAAUCGAACACUUACUUUGUUGAGUACAGAGCUCGGGGUACUACAAAACCUCUUUCUCUCUUUAACUUAAAUCCAACGCGUGGUAUUACUCGACAGUUAACGAGCGAAACUGACGCGGGACAGGACUCCUGCACCUGGACAGCUAUCAUUUGUAUUCUUAAUUAAUUAGUCCUGUUGUUUUUACAAUUGUUGUUGUUCUUCGUUAAUAAUAAUUAUUAUUAUAACAUUUUGUUAAUUGUUUUUAAAAAUUGUGGUUCGUAAAGUUUUUUAAAAAACUGUUUUUAUUUUAUCAAAAAGGAGCCAUGAGACUUACCGCCAUAUUUGCCGUAAUCAUGACGGUGUUAGCAAGCGCAAUGGGAAUCCCAUAUGACUACAACUCAUUUUUCUCGGAUUUCGGGCCUUACUACCGAGCCGUAACACCGAUGAGAGAUCCUCGAUCUAACACCGGACCUGUACUAUUUCCACGAGGACCAGAACCAGACCGGGUGGAAACCAGCGGCGUAAUAGUAGGAGCCAGCGGUUUUGGAUUUGUGCCACCAAACUCAGGUUUUUGGGCAUACUACUUCUAACAAAAGACUUGACGCUGGUAAGCCAUCGAAGGUGAACGCCCUCCAUCU